AUGGCCACAGCCUUUGUGCUCCUUGUGGGGGUCCUGCUCCCUUGCUGGGGCGAGUUCCUGCCCUUUAAAAAGAAGUUCAUGAAGGUUGGCGGGGGGGGGGGGGUGCCCAGGGAAGGAAGUACUAACCCCCCCUCCUCUCCUGCUCCUCUGGGGAGGGUGCAGGGGGGUGGGCACCUGGUGGUCACCAUCUCGUGGCUUCUCUUCCUGGACCCCUGGGGCCUUGGCGAUACCACGCAUCCUCACUCCCCUUCCCACACAGCCAGAGAGCUGGUGACACGAGAGUUGUCCCCACAGGUGAAUGGGGCUGAGUGCUCCCACCACUCUGAGUGUUCCAGUGACUGCUGCCUAAUAGACCUGGACCGUGCUGGUGCCUUCUGUGCCCCUAAGGCCAGAAUCGCCAUGCUGUGCUUGUUCCAGACCAAGGGAGCCAUCAACAUCAUAUGCCCCUGCCAAAGUGGCUUGAGCUGCAUAUCCAAGGACCCAGGCUGUUCCCGCCGGUGCCAUUUGAUUUAGAGGCGGACACAGGCUGGUUGCGGACCCCCUUCCCUCCCUCGGGGCCAGGGGCCCGAAGAGCCCCCAUCUUGCUCACAGUCCAGCUCCUGAGACAUUAAAGUCACUUCCUGACUCUGGCCUCUGU